UCAUUUUAGCAUAGCCGGGCAUCCGCGUGAAGUUCUGUGAGAUAAACAUGGCCUUCUUUAUGCAUCGUUCCUGUGAAUAUUUACUAGUUAGGCCGAACGUGCUACAAACAUUUUGCGUUCGAGGUGGCCAUCAGCUGCGCGGUAAGCCGCCGGGCGUUGCCAAAACGCUUGUGCAGCGAUUGCAAGGUGAGAAAGUAUUAGAUCCGGAAAUUACCCGGCCCGUUAACAUCGGAUUUCCCCACAUUAAACCGGCCCGAUCGGUUCAAUUGUCCGAGCGUCUGCAACACCUCAAAGCCCAAAGAAACAAUGCUGAGCUAGAGCGGCUGUCGCGAGAAAGGAAGUUGGAAAUCGACCUCGAGCAAGUGCGUGCAGAUUGGGUGAAAACGAGCGGUCCCUUCCACAUCAAGCGAAUUGCCGAACAUUACGGUGUGUUCGAGCAUCUGUUCGGAGCGGCUUAUUUUGUGCCGCGCGUUGCUUUGGACAUCCAAUACCAGGCGGGCGAAUUGCUUCAUCCCGUGAAGUAUGGAAAUAUUCUGAAGCCGAGCGAAACACAGUCUGCCCCGCAGGUGCAGUUCGAUGGAAACUUUAACUUUACUGAGCAGCCGGCCAGUGAGGAACAGCAAAGCUGGUGGUCUUUGCUGCUGACCAACCCGGAUGGACAUUUUGAGGAUAGUGAAAAGGAAUAUUGCCACUGGUUUGUAGGAAACAUUCCCAACGGAGACGUUACGAGUGGGGAAGAGCUGGUUCCUUAUCUGCAGCCGUUCCCUGCUAAGGGCACCGGGUACCAGCGACACAUUUUUGUGUUGUACAAGCAGACAAGCCGUCUAGAUUUCUCGCAGUACCGGAUAACAGACGCAUUUGACUUACCAGCGCGCACAUUCCGCACGCUUGAUUUCUACCGCCAGCAUCAAGACAGCAUCACGCCCGCCGGUCUAGCGUUUUUCCAAUCCGAUUGGGAUACCAGCCUGCCUGACUUUUACAGAGAAAAGUUAAAGCUGCAACAUCCCGUGUUCGAAUACGAUUUUCCAGCACCGUACAUCCGCGAACAAGAAUGGUUUCCACUGCGCAAGCCGUUCAACCUGUACAUGGACAAGUAUCGUGAUCCGGCCCAAAUCCGAAAAGAGUAUCUUGCACGAAAGCUCGCCAAAACGCAUCCAUUUGAUGGGCCUGAACCUCCGCUGCGUUAUCCGAACGCUCAUGCGAUAAACGAUGUACCGUCCUGGUUGCGCACGGAAAUGAAAAAGGACCGUCUGGGAUGGGGUAGGAUAAACGAUAUUUGAUUUAAAUUUGAGUUUUGUUUAAACAAAAUAUACGCUUGAAUUACAAUAAAUACGUUAGUGUUUAGCCAAAAACUAA